AUCCCCCGUUUCCAUAAACGUUCGCCGACUUAUUAUUACGUGUUGUUUAUGGUCCACAGGUUUCCACGGGAACAACAAACCCUGCCCAAUCACUUCUAUUUCACCGAUUUCGAGAGGCAUACGGCCGAGAUCGCCGCGUUUCAUCUGGACAGGCUGCUUGGAUUCAGGAGGGCGAUGCCGGUUACAGGGAGAACGUUGAACCUAACGACGGAGAUUUAUCAGAUCGCCGACGGCGAACUGCUGAAGACGUUCUUCGUCAGCCCGGCCGGUAAUAUCUGCUUCCACGGCAAGUGCAGUUAUUAUUGCGAUACGGCGCACGCGAUUUGCGGAAAUCCGGACACCCUUGAAGGGAGUUUCGCCGCUUUCUUGCCGGAUAAAUCUUUCGUCGCGAGGAAGGCGUGGAGACACCCCUGGCGGAGGAGUUAUCACAAGAGGAAGAAGGCCCAGUGGGAGCACGGUGAGAUUCUUCCACCGCCAUUUAUCAUUCACAUUUUUCCUCGAUUAUUAUUUAUCGCGCGCUCCCAAUUCUCCCAACAAUUCUCUGGAAAAAUACAGACUCCUCCCUGCACGGUUAAUUCGUUUCGCGAAAUUCCGUUUCGCGUUAAAUGAAAACCAAAAAAAAAAAAAAAAAAAAAGAAAAGAAAGAAAAAA